GCCUACUCCCUCCUUCCCUCCCUUAUACAGAUGGGCCUUUGCUGUUGGUUAACCUUUAUCUCCUCAUCAUUUCUAUGUGUGUGUAUGAACAUUUGCCCUUGUGUUUCUCUCCCAGCUCAGCUUGCAACAGGGAUGCGAUUUUCCCUCAGCCCUGCUGAGAAUGAGGGCGUUUGGUUAAACGUGUGAUCUGUUUGUAUUUAAUUUAUCUUUAGGGAUUAUCGAAUAAUCGCGGUUUAAUCCUAUAAUCCCGGUGCUUUGUGUCACCUUUAGUCAUGCAAGUUGCUUUCAUUGCUACUUGUUGCUCUUAGGAUCUAUAGGAUGCUGGAAGGGAAACAUGGAGGAGUCAAAUGGAAUGUCUGUUUUUAGCUUAAAAAGAGAGGAAUUGGAAGCUGUGUGUGUGCUGUGUGAGGUGGGAACCUUUGCAUUGGUUGCAAAUAGUACAUUCAGUUUACAUUCAGUGUAAGCAUUUUGCACUCUCAUCCCCAGAACAACUUGUUCUUCUGGUGUUCUUUCAGUGACCCAAAUUGCAGCAUAAUGCAUCAAUUCUUCCAACUUUAUAUGAGGAAUGGACUGAAAGAAGCCCAAACGUGUCUCAAAUUGCACUUGACCCCAACAUCUAAUGCGUUUCUAUGCUGUUAGAAUGACCUGAAAUGCUUAGUUCAGAAUAUGAUGUGUGUGUAACUAAAUGGCAGCAGGAAUGGGAGCAGAGGAAAACGACACGCUUCUUAAUAGAUGGAAAAGGGAAGCAUUGAUCUGAAUACGUCCUAGUUGCAAGUGAGACCUCGCCACAGUGAAUGUAUAUCAUGUUGCAAACUGAUGAAGGGCUUUAAUGGAAAUAGAGUAGAUACAGCCCAAACUUAGGCUGCUUCUGGUGGACAUGAUAAUCUGUGUGGUGUUUGAAUGGGUCUGUAUGUAGAGGAUAUUUGUGGCAAUGGUUGGAAAUGCAAAGUUCCACUAUAGACAUCUAUUGGAGCUGAAGGUGAUGGGGAAAAUAGCAGUGAAACCGGAGCAGAUAAAUCCUUGUGUUGGCUUCACCACUAGAUGUCAGUGCUUGAAACUACAACCAGAGCAAGGCAGACAAAUUAGGAAUCAAUUGAGGAGGAGGAAUGAUAUCCUCUGCUCAUACUUAUGUCUCCUGGGGGUUAAGUUGCCUUAAUAAGGUUCUUGAGGUAAGUUUAGUGGCUUAACUAGCAGAAUGUUCCAGGCAGGAAAUGAGGAAUUUCCUGGUGUUGCUUCUAAAGGAAGUUUAGAAGGUGUUUGAUGAUUUGAAGUUUCAUGUUAAAUGACACAAAAAUGUGUGUUUCGUUUCUUAAAUCCUGGCUUCUUGAAUAUAUUCACAUUCUCAAUUGCCAUGAAGGGCAGCAGAGGUAGAUAACAGGAAACCUAGGUGAAUCUGUUGGAGUCUUUUUAGGCCUUGAUCCUCACUAAACCUCUUUGAAACCAAAGCAUCCUCCUAUGUACAGAGAGGGAUCUGUUAGCAAAUACAGGCAAUGAGAAGGGAAUCUCCACCAAAAACCCAUCCACAAUCUCCAUAAACAGGUGCUAUCUCAGACCAGCUGUGGGGGCUGCAGUCACACAAAGGCAGCACCAUGCUUGUAUGCUGCAGCUCUAUGGAGUGUUGCCACACAGACACGAGGAUCCAGGACUACUUCACUUUGUGUUCACAUCUUCUGAAGCGAGUGUUCCCUGUGCUGCUGUUACUGUGGAGAAGCCAUGUCGGCCCCGGCAGCCCCACGUGCGUCGCACCUCCUCACUGGACACCAUUGUGGGCUCCUACCUGCUGGGGCAAUGGCCACGGGAUGCUGAUGGAGCUUCUGCCUCGUGCAUGAACGACAAAGCUACCCAGACCCCGGUGUCCUGGCAUGACGUGGAAGUGGGGAAAGGCAGCUCCAGUGCUCACAAACGUUCUGCUUCUUGGGGUAGCACAGAUCACCGCAGAGAGAUUGCCAAACUGAAGCAGCAGCUCCAACGAACGAAGCUGAAUGGCAGAAGUGGCAAAGAAAAGGAGAAGAGCUCCCCGCUGCAGGGGGACCACGCUGUUCUCACAUCGCUCCGGGACUCUCCUUCAGGCUUCCUUUCUUCGUCUCCUGUUUUGAGGCUCAGUCCUUGCUUGCACAGGAGUCUGGAAGGGCUGAACCAGGAACUGGAGGAAGUGUUUGUGAAGGAACAGGGAGAUGAGGAGCUUUUGAGGAUCUUGGAUGUCCCAGACGGCCACAGAGCACCAGCACCUGCACAGAGAGGCUCUGGAGAUGCCUCCCUGAUCCUGGAGCCCAGCAGUGGCAGCUGCAGCAGCCUCUCGCUUUCUCCUUCCCCUUCUGUGCCUCUCCACCUUUCUCCACACACCCCAGUGAGACUGGUGGCAGAAGAGCUCUCCUCUGCUGUAGAUGAGGUGCAGCUGGAUUCAAAAGAGAAAGAGGAGGGCAGCCCUUCUCCAGUCCUGGCCUUCGCUUCCUCUCCUCGGCCCAACCACAGCUACGUGUUCAAACGGGAACCUCCUGAGGGAUGUGAGAAAGUCCGGGCCUUCGAAGAAGCUUCCUCCAGCCCUGACCACACCUUUCAGCCUUCCUGCCCAGAUAAGAACAAAGUGCACUUCAACCCCACAGGCUCUGCCUUCUGCCCCGUCAGCCUGGUGAAGCCUCUAUUCCCAAACGUGGGUUUUCUCUUUAGAGGUUUUCCAGCAUCAUCCAGCCCCAGCACAGGCAUGUUUACAUCCUGCCAACCCACAGCCCCCCCCUCCCCAUUCCUUGGGGCACGGAAGGACGCUGCUGUAGUAGAUAACUUCAGCGACGCGUCCAAAUCGCCUUCACUCAAUUAUGAACACUGGAAACGUGGGCAGCCGGAGGAGAGCGUCGUCUUCCACAGCUCUCUGGUUGUGUGAAGCCUUUAGAGGGGGAAAGUCAGCCAGCAACAGCAGCUCUGGCUCCUCAGUGCAUCUGGGCCAUCCCGUGGAGAUGAAUGCCUUGAGGUUGGGACUUGACAGCCAAGGGGGGCAGCCCUGGGCCUGGAAAGCACAGCGGGCUGCCAAGGAUGGAAGUAGCUGAGAAGUACUGAGUUCCACUGGACUCCUCGAUGCUGCGGGAGGGGCUCGUUUCCCCCCAAACCUCCCCUGUUCAAAGCACUUUUCCUGCGUUGAAUUGUCAUUUCCUGUGUGAUUGUUUUGCUGGUGAAGAGCAGUUGGGCUGGGCUGGGUUCUCCUGCAAUGGGUGGAGCUGAGCUCCCUGAAUGCGGUUGAGUUGGGGAGGAUUCAGGUGAAGCUUCCAGCCCUUCUCAUCUCAGCCUGCACCUCCCUGGACACCAGCAUCCAUUGAAACAUCCAUUGGGGAGCUCUGAGACAGCUGUGCUGAACCGGGGGAGCUCAGGUGACCAAAUGCUGCCCUAUAUAAAGGGGGAUCUGUGCUGUGGGGGGGUCUGUGCUGCAGGUAGAGAUGCUGCUGCCUGUUGGGUGCAGGAAGAUGGGAUGGGAAACAAGGUGCAGUGCUGGGAGGAGCCCAAUCCUGCUCCAUCCCACACACUGGGGCUGCCCUGGGGGGGUUUAUGGGCUGCUGGAAACAAAGUGAUGCCAGGACGGGGGUUGAAAAGCCCCUUUAAGAGCAGCAUUAGUUGCCGUUGUGUUACAAAGGCUGCGGGUUGGACUGAAGAAGCCUCUAUUUUCUUACACGUCUGAUGUAGAAACUCUAUUUUUCUUCCAAAGACACUAUUUUUGCAGCUGUUUUGGAGUUUGUAUUUUACGGACAAGAGCUUAAAGGAGGGACAUUGUUGUGUUCGGAGGGGCUUUUUGAUGCUGUGUUGGCAGUUCCGUGGAGAAAUAAAACCUUUCAUGCAUUUAAA